UCGUCAGUGUGGGAGAAAUCCACGGAGCCAUCAGCAGUUGCGCUGAGUGAGCCGAGCUGAGAGAUGCGCGUUCACUGAGCCGGAGGAGGGAAGGAAGGCUGCCUCUCUUUUUUUUUUUUCUCCUCCACCGCGCCUCACUUCUAAUAACCACCUCAUCACUUGCACCAGCGUCUCACCACCCGAGGCUCACCAUAAUUGAAAAUACUACGCUCUUCGAAUGGAAUUUUGCUCUGGAUUAUUCUAAUUUGCUCCAUUUAAACGCGCGCUUUGCCCGUCCGGAGUCUCUCUGCACGAAAAAAAGUUGUGUCAACGGUGUGUCUGCUGCUGAAGAUCAAACCAUGGGGACCAGACCCACACUGGCCGUCAUAUGCUUCAAUCCAGGAAGUCGCCUCAAAGAAAAAUCACAAGAUGUAGCUCUGAUUCAUUGACAAAACACAUGACACACCUUCAUCGUAGCACUUUCGCCUGUCCACUGUGCGCGGAAACUGGAUAUUUUUCCAUAUAUCUCCUCCGUAGACUUGGCGGACAAGAUUAAAUCCAAUCCAUUAUCCACUCCAGAUCUGCCUCUAGAGUUGAUAUAGAAGGAUACUGUGUUGUCUGCUUGACUGUUAAAAUUAUCUAUGUGGAAUAUAACAACCAGCAGAUAAACCCUGGAACAAAACUGUAAUCAGAUGUUCUUAUCACUCUGAGGAUCUAUCCCCAGUUCUCACCCUCUUCUGGCGCUCCCUGUUACUCUCUACAAUGAAUCCAAACAGCCUUCCUGGGCAUCUCCUCAUGCUGCUAAGUACUGUGCUGGGCCUGAGCGGAGGUUUGGAGUUUACUGGCUCUGAGGGUCAGUGGGCUCGCUACCUGCGCUGGGAUGCCAGCUCCAGAAGUGACCUGACGUUUCAGUUCAAGACCUCGGAAUCGGAAGGCCUGGUGCUCUACUUUGACGACGGCGGAUAUUGCGACUUCCUACUCCUCAUCGUGUCCGAAGGUAAAAUGCAGCUUCGCGUCAGCAUCGACUGCGCUGAGACCACCAUCACCUCCGACAAAAUGGUCAAUGACAGCCGCUGGCACUUUGCCGCCAUCAACAGGCACAACUUGCGGACUGGCUUGGCCGUGGACGGUCAGACCAAGACGGAGGAGGUUCGGCCCCAGCGGCAGUUCAUGAAGAUCGUCAGCGACCUCUUUCUCGGAGGCCUCCCGGGAGACAUCCGCACAUCUGCCAUCACCCUGCCCUCCGUCCGCGAGCUGCCACCAUUCAAAGGAAUUAUCACAGACCUCAGUUAUGGGAGUAAGCUGCCCACACUCAUCAAUAGCCAGAAGGUACGCUUGGAGAUGAUGGGCCUUUGCACAGAGAACCCCUGUGAGAACGGUGGGAUCUGCUCACUGGCAGAUGGAGAAACCUACUGUGACUGCUCCAAAACUGGAUAUGUAGGUCGAUACUGCAGCGAAGCAGUCCAGAGAAAACCAGGCCUCGCACACCUGAAGGCAGAGCAAGCGAGGGAAGAGAAUGUGGCCACGUUCCGAGGUUCGGAAUACUUCUGCUACGACCUGUCGCAGAACCCCAUUCAGAGCAGCAGCGACGAGAUCACGCUGUCCUUCAAGACGUGGCAACGCAACGGCCUCCUGCUCCACACGGGGAAAUCCGCAGACUAUGUCAACCUGGCGCUAAAAGAUGGGGCGGUUUCCCUCGUCAUCAAUCUGGGUUCCGGGGCCUUCGAGGCCAUCGUCGAGCCAGUCAAUGGAAAAUUCAAUGACAACGCCUGGCACGACAUCAAAGUGACACGCAACCUGAGACAGCAAUCAGGCAUUGGACACGCUAUGGUAAACAAACUACAUUGUCUGGUGACAAUCUCCGUUGAUGGGAUCCUCACCACCACCGGCUACACCCAGGAAGACUACACCAUGCUGGGCUCUGAUGAUUUCUUCUACGUGGGUGGGAGCCCCAGCACUGCGGACCUGCCUGGAUCCCCAGUUAGCAACAAUUUUAUGGGCUGCCUCAGAGAGGUGGUGUACAAGAACAAUGAUAUUCGCUUGGAGCUCUCACGUCUUGCUCGUAUUGUGGACCCCAAGAUGAAACUCCAGGGUGACGUGGUCUUCAAGUGCGAGAACGUUCCCACCCUCGACCCCAUCAACUUUGAGACACCGGAUUCCUACCUGGCCUUGCCGAAGUGGAACACCAAACGCGUGGGCUCCAUCUCCUUCGAUUUCCGCACCUCCGAACCCAACGGGUUGAUAUUGUUCACACACGGUAAACCUCAGGACCGGCGGGAUGCGAAGGGCCAGAAGAACAACAAAGUGGACUUCUUUGCAGUGGAGCUGCUGGAUGGAGGGCUGUACCUGCUGCUGGACAUGGGCUCCGGCACCAUCAAGGUCAAGGCCACACAGGCUAAAGUCAACGAUGGCGCCUGGCACCAUGUGGACAUCCAGAGAGACGGUCGCUCAGGCAUCAUUUCAGUAAACAGCCGUCGGACCCCUUUCACAGCCAGCGGGGAAAAUGAGAUCUUGGACUUGGAGGGGGACCUUUAUCUGGGGGGUCUGCCCGACAACCGGGUCGGUUUGGUUCUCCCCACCGAGCUCUGGACCGCUAUGCUCAACUACGGCUACGUGGGCUGCGUCAGGGAUCUGUUCAUCGAUGGACGCAGCAAGGACAUCCGGCAGAUAGCUCAGUCGCAGAACAUGACCGGCAUCAAGUCCUCGUGUAGCAAGGUGACGGGGAAACAGUGCGACAGCAACCCUUGCAAGAACAACGGGGCUUGUAAGGAAGGAUGGAACCGCUUCAUCUGUGACUGUACAGGAACUGGCUUCUGGGAUAGUACCUGUGAAAGAGAGGCAUCAAUCCUGUCUUACGAUGGCAGCAUGUACAUGAAGGUGGUGAUUCCCAACGUCAUGCACACCGAAGCCGAGGACGUCUCCCUGCGCUUCAUGUCUCAGCGGGCGUUCGGCUUACUCAUGGCCGCCACGUCCCGCGAGUCGGCAGACACUCUGCGGCUCGAGCUGGACAGCGGACGGGUCAAACUGACGGUCAACCUAGACUGUGUCAGGAUAAACUGUAACACCAGCAAGGGCCCUGAGGUUCUUUAUGCCGGACAAAAGCUCAACGACAAUGAGUGGCACUCAGUACGAGUGGUCCGCCGCGGUAAAAACUUCAAACUCACGGUGGAUGACGACAUGGCUGAAGGUCAGAUGGCGGGUGAUCACACCCGUCUGGAGUUCAACAAUGUGGAGACGGGCAUCUUAACUGAAAGACGCUUUGUCUCAUCUGCUCCAUCGUCCUUUAUUGGACAUCUUCAGAGCCUUAAAUUCAACGGCAUGUACUACAUCGACAUGUGCAAGAACGGGGACAUCGACUUCUGCGAGCUCAACGCCCGCUUCGGCAUGCGCUUCAUCAUCGCCGACCCCGUGACCUUCAAGACAAAGGGCAGCUACCUGGGCUUGGCCACGCUGCAGGCUUACACCCAGAUGCACCUGUUCUUCCAGUUCAAAACCACCUCACCCGAUGGUUUCAUCAUCUUCAACAGCGGAGACGGGAACGACUUCAUCGCCGUGGAGCUGGUCAAAGGGUUCAUCCACUAUGUGUUCGACCUGGGGAACGGACCCAGUCUGCUGAAAGGGAACAGCGACAAUCCGCUGAAUGACAACCAGUGGCACAACGUUGUCAUCACACGAGACGCCGCCAACACACACACACUCAAGGUGGACUCAAAGUCGGUCACCCAGAAUGUCAACGGGGCCAAGAACCUCGACCUUAAAGGCGACCUGUUCAUCGGAGGCUUGGGACCCAACAUGUACCAGAAUCUCCCCAAGCUGGUGGUUUCUCGGGAGGGCUUUCAGGGCUGCUUGGCGUCAGUCGACCUGAACGGCCGGCUGCCAGACCUCAUCAACGACGCCCUUUUCCGCAGCGGGCAGAUUGAGCGAGGCUGUGAAGUUGGUUUCACCAAAGCCGACCUGCAAGGCCCGAGCACGACCUGCCAGGAGGACUCGUGUGCCAACAUGGGUGUUUGCAUUCAGCAGUGGGAGAACUUCACUUGCGACUGCUCCAUGACGUCCUACACCGGGACCCACUGCAAUGACCCUGGCACCACAUACAUCUUCGGCAAAGGAGGGGGCCUGAUUACGUACACGUGGCCCAAUAAUGAGAGGCCGAGCACACGGACGGACCGGCUGGCGGUGGGCUUCAGCACCACCAUCAAAGACGGCAUCCUCGUCCGCAUCGACAGCGCCCCACGCCUGGGAGACUACAUCAUGCUCCACAUUGAACAAGGCAAAGUAGGUGUGACAUUCAACAUUGGCACAGUGGACAUCAGUGUCAAGGAGACAACCACGGCGGUAAACGAUGGCAAAUACCAUCUGGUCCGAUUCACCAGGAACGGGGGCAACGCCACCCUGCAGGUGGACAACUGGCCGGUCAAUGAGCACUUUCCCACAGGCAACAGCGACAUUGAGCGCUAUCAAAUGGCAAAUAAGAAAAUCCCGUUCAAAUAUACCCGGCCAGUAGAAGAUUGGCUUCAGGAGAAAGGCCGGCAGCUGACAAUCUUCAACACCCAGGCCACUAUCUCGAUCGGAGGGAACGACCGGAAGCGGCCCUACCAGGGUCAGCUCUCCGGCCUCUAUUACAAUGGCCUCAAAGUCCUCAACAUGGCCGCCGAGGGCCACGUCAACAUCAAGGUGAACGGCAGUGUGCGGCUGGUGGGCGACGUUCCCGCCAGCCGGGGCGCGGCACGCACCACCACCUCCGUACCGCCGGAGAUGUCCACCACCUUUAUCGAGACCACCACCACCCUGUCUACCACCACCACCCGCAAACAGCGUUCGCCACCCACUAUUCAGACCACGGAUGACAUUGUUUCGUCGGCCGAGUGCUCCAGCGACGACGAGGACCUGGAAGAGUGCGACUCCGGACACACAGGAGGGGAGCUAGUCAUCCCCGUGCUAGUCGAGGACCCCAUAGACAUCCCUUCUGUAUCCACCCGUUCUCCCUUCAUCCCCCUCCCCCCAACCCUCCGCCCUGUCCUCACCAUUAUUGAGACCACCAAAGAAUCCUUGGCCAUGGCCACUGAGGCGGGGGUACCUUGCUUGUCGGACCGAGGCAGCGAUGAUUGUGAUGAUGGUGAUGGUGGUGAUGAUGGUGAUGAUGAUGAUGAUGAUGAUGAUGGCAUGGUGAUUUCGGGGUUUGGCUCUGGCGAAGCUUUCGACUCUAGCCUGCCCCCGACUGACGAUGAAGAUUUUUACACCACCUUCUCCCUGGUAACAGAUAAGAUCUUGACCACAUCGGCCUAUGAAGGCGGCUACAAAGCCCUCGCACCCAAGUGGGAGGCCAAGGACUUGAGGCCUAGCAAAGCCUCUGAGGCAGGUAGGACUACACCCACCUCGCCUCUGCCCGACCUCCGGGGCACACCGCCGGUGGCGGUCCCCUCAGACACGCCACCCAAGCUGCCCGCCGGGAAAAUGAACAACCGCGAGGUAAAACCCCCACAGCCGGACAUAGUCCUGCUGCCCCUGCCCACGUCCCUCGAUCUGGACGGCACCAAGCCACGGGGCCCCUUCAUCACUUCGCCCAUGCUGCGCACGGUGCCUGCCGCCUUGCCCACAGUGCCCGGCGUGGUACGGCGGGUGCCCCCAGGGGCCUCAGAGGUGAUCCGGGAAUCCAGCAGUACCACGGGCAUGGUGGUGGGCAUUGUAUCAGCUGCCGCCCUCUGCAUCCUUAUUCUCCUCUACGCCAUGUACAAGUACAGGAACAGGGACGAGGGUUCCUACCAGGUGGACGAAACACGCAACUACAUCAGCAACUCAGCGCAAACCAAUGGCGCUGUGGUGAAGGAUAAAACGCCCAGCGGCAGUGCCAAAGGCAGCGCCAGUAGCAAGAGACCGAAAGACAAGGACAAGGAAUAUUAUGUAUAGAAAUCAAGUCAUUUCCCAACACAUAAAAAAUAAACUGUUUGGAACAAAGUAUAAACAUUUUGACAGUACCAUAUUGGCAACUGUGAUUUAAAAAGAAUAAAAUCUCUUGAGAACUCAAGACUUAUUGAGUCGCUGAAACAUUUACAAAAGAACUUUGGCUUAUGGAAGCACACUUACUAUUGUAAGCAUUACAGAGAGACAAUGUAGUAACUUCAUCAGGACUCAGCGUGGACAUUUUUAAGGAGUCCCUGCUGGAGACAGUGUGAAUAACAUCACUCUAACACCCACACGACCCCAAGUGACUGUCGAGGUGUGUUCUAAUGACCUUGUCCAUUGUAACCCUGUAAAAUACGAUCACUGUCAUUUCAGCCAUUCUGAGCAUGCAUGUGAGGUGUAUGUGACGUGGUGCUGGCAUCUGUGUAAGUGAGGGACCUCAAGAAACAAUGAUUGUCGGGAAAGUUGGAAGUCAAAACCUGAUUUCGUGGUUUCAUUAAAUGUAGCUUUCAUGGAUGCGAUAUGAGGUAAAGUAUACGUGUACUUAAAGCUGUCUUUCUUAUUUCUAUCUUUUCUUUAGUUUUUUAAUUUCUUUAUUCAUUUAGUAAUUUAUUUAUUGAAUUUAGGUUUGUUCUUUGGAAGGAUGAGGGCCAGUCAGGGAUGACUAGUCAGUGCUCAGCAGGAUGUGAUACAGUAAUGUAUCUCAAUAUUCUUCUCUCCCUCCCUCACGUCUCAGUUAAGGAUUGGACUGCUAUGCAUGGCAUCCAAAUUCUAGAUUGUGUUCAAGUGUGCAAGACUGGAUCCACCAGGCAAAAUGUACAAUGCAUUGUUAUUUCUCUGAAUUUUAAAUCUCUGAUAGCAUUUUUCUUUCUUUCUCUUCAUUCCAUGUUUCUGUUUUAUUUUAUGUUCAGUUUUCUUUACAUUACCUGAAAUGCCGUGGCAAAAAUGCAUUAUCAUAAUUUGUGUCUGGCAAAGAUGUAAUUGUCACAACCUUUGAAAAAAAACUGAGAAAAAAAUCCAGGCGAAAGACUUACUCCAGUGUGAACAAGUGUGAUUCUAUCUGUUGUCACAGAUGACUGUGUCAAAAACAGAAAGUAUGUUUACAUAUUUUAUUACAUCUAGCCGUUGUGCUUUGCAGGUCAAUAUUGUACAGAAAAUUCGACUUUCUGUUGAGGUUUUUUUUUUAUUUACUAUCCUCUCUCUUGUACAGACAGAAAAUUUGAUUUGAUUUUUCUGCUGUAGCAACAUGACAAAAAAAAUCGUUCUGAUUCUUUUGCCGGGAUCGCCUGGAGAUAAGAAAUGAUGUGCACAGGAACAUUUGUUUAGGCAGGGAGCAAAUGUUGUUAGAUUAGAAGUCUAGUCUCUCUGGAUGGUGUUUCUCUUCAGUCGCAUGAAUAUUUGACCAUCGGAAUCUGUCAAAUAGAAAACACCUCCCUCAGAUCUUGUAUUAGGGACUCCUCCUUCUUCUGCAAUUACUUUCAUCAUGUCAUUUAUUUUUUUAUUGGAAAUUUAAAAAACAGAACAAUACAGAAUAAAGACAGAUUAUGAUGGAUUUGGAGAUCUAUUGCUAGCACCUUACUGACUUACAGGUGUUUUUCUGUUUUUCUUUUUCUUUUCUUUUUUUUAAACUGUGACGUCAACACCUUGUCUGCUCAACUCGUCAUUUUGCAUUUGAUUUUUUUUAAUGUUAAUGUAUAGCUAAUUUCAUGUCUCGUUUAUAUGACAUUUUCUUCUGGCAAUAUGUUGUUUUUUUAUGUCAUUAUUUAUUGCUGAAAUUAUUUGUUCUCAUUUAUUUUCAUGCAAAUCAGUCAGUUGGUGUGUAUGUUCACUUUUAUUUUUUGUGUUGGUACUUGGCUUUUUGACCAGUUAAUUAUUGUCUUAUGCUCCUUUGACUCCGAACAGUUCCCAGAAAUAAAAAAAAAACAUGUUGUUCCCAAA